UCCAUGCAUGCAGAAGCAGAACACGCACACGAAGCGUGUCGUAUUUUUCUUUGGGUGAUUGUUGUGUAACGUUAUUUAAAAAUCAUGGCUGAUGAAGAAUUGGAAGCCAUUAGGCGUCAACGUAUGGCAGAACUGCAGGCGAAACAUGGGGACCCUUCCAGUGACCAACAGGGGCAGCAGGAGGCCAAACAGAGAGAGACUGAGAUGAGAAACUCUAUAUUGGCUCAAGUCUUGGAUCAGUCUGCCCGUGCCAGGUUGAGCAAUUUGGCUCUUGUAAAGCCAGAUAAAGCAAAAGCUGUCGAGAAUUACCUGAUACAGAUGGCUCGCUUUGGACAGCUUGGAGGAAAAAUUACAGAAGCUGGAUUAAUAGAGAUCCUAGAGAAAGUCAGUCAACAAACAGAGAAGAAAACAACUGUAAAGUUUAACCGACGGCGGGUGAUGGACUCAGAUGAUGAGGAUGAUGACUGAUAUGCAGGGUACUUUUGGUACUCUGGUCUGCUGACCAGGACAUGACAGUGACUGACAGAUCAGUUUCCCUGCCCAAAACACAAUCACAGCCAAAGAAUUUUGAUCUGUGGUAAUACAGGAACUCUGUUACUGUUAUUCAUCUUUAGUUUAGCAGAUUCUCUUCAACACAUUGCAGCAAUGCUACUACAUAUUUAGACUUUUUUUUGAGAAUACAGUGGACAAUUUCAGAUCUGUUGUUAUUGCAGUAAUUGGAACUUAUCCCAUAUCGUAAUUAUGUAGACUUUUUUUGUUUUUGAGAAAACCUAUAUAUGCAACUGUUUACGAAAUAAAGGCGUUGAACAAACAUUCUUUAA